AUGGACGCCGCUCAGAUCAUGGCUGCCCUCACCCCGCCACCCACUGUGGACCCCUCCACCACCAUCAAGAUGGAGGACCUCCACCAGACCCCCUUCACAUCGGCACCCUCGCACGCCGAUACAUCAAGCCCCGCACCCGCUGCUCACGAGAGCAAGGCGGUUAAGAAGCGGAAGUCGUGGGGGCAGGUGCUCCCAGAGCCCAAGACGAACCUGCCCCCGCGCAAGCGAGCCAAGACCGACGACGAGAAGGAGCAGCGCCGCAUCGAGCGUGUCAAGCGAAACCGCCUGGCCGCGCACAACUCGCGCGAGCGCAAGCGUCAAGAGUAUGAGCUCCUCCAGGCCGAGAAGGACCAAAUGGAGGAAGACCUCAUCGCUGCCAGGCGCCAGAUCGCCGCCAUGGCCACUGAGCUCAAGGCCUACCGCCAGAAGUACCCCGGCGAGGUUCCCGAAGCCAACCUUAGCAUCGACCUCGACAACACCUCGGUCUCAGAGUACAGCUCGUUCACGAGCCCCGACACCAUUAACCCGGCCAAGACCACCUCUUCGACUGGAUUCCCCAGCCCCGUCUCCAUGACCUUGGACAGCUUCGACUCCCCGCGCGAUUCGUCGUGCGCCCCCGAGACGCCCAACUUCAGCGAGGCCGCCGUUGACUUCGACCAGACACGAUAUCCUGCAGAGAUAUUCGCCCACGGCCUCCCUGUCGGCGAUAUGGGCUUUCCUGUCGCUUUUCAAUCUCACACUCCCAUGGACAACAAGCCUAUUGAGGACCUUUUCGACUUCGACCAGUUCCAGAACACAGAAUUGGGAACUACAACGGGCCUUGUUGACAGCGACCCCUUCUUCACGCCCGUCCUCUUCGACGGCCACCACGCUCCCGAUUUUGACCUUUCUGACCACCUUGAUGCAAAGCACUUCGACUUGCAGACAGCCUCUGGCGCAGCCACUGCUAGCGACGAGGCUCUCGCAGCGUAG